UAAUUAAUAUCACCAGAAAAUCUGUAACGCCAUAGCCUACUCGACAAGAGGCAGCAUCCUGUGGCAACAAACACAAAGGGUCCAAAAUGGAGUAAGGCUGAAGACAGUACAGUCGGGAAUCCCACUGAAUGUAAUUGCACAGAAAACAGAAAUUGUUCCGUCGCAGGUGAAAAUUGAGACUUCUGGAAACCGCAGUGGGGAAAUCGCUGUCGUUGUUGCUGCUGUCUAGCUAGCUGCGCAGAACAGUCAAGAAUGGAGCCUUCAGAGCAGUCAGGCACAGACUCCGGCUCUCAGGAUGUCAACCCUGUUUUUCUGCAGCAGCUCAGAGAGCUGGACAUCCCAGAGGAGGCAGCCAAACAGGCACUUCUACACACUCGGAACGUGUCUGCCGAGGAGGCGGCAAUGUAUUACUUCAACAAGCUGGAGAAUGAGGAGGAGGGAGACGAUGAUCUAAUGUUCAAGAUGGUGUUUGUGGUGAACAUGGACCUUGCCAUGGGUGUUGGAAAGGUGGCAGCCCAGGUGGGCCAUGCUGCUGUGGGUUUGUACCAGGCUCUACAGGAGAAGAACAGCUGGAGGGAGAUGGCCUGGAAGUGGGACCACAGUGGAGCCAAGAAGGUGGUAGUCCAGGGCACCAACGUGGCUCAUCUACUGGAGCUGCAGGCCCUGGCCAUGAGCCUCAGCCUACCCGCUUACCUGGUCCAAGAUGCAGGACUUACCCAGGUGGAGGCUGGGUCCCGCACUGUCCUGGCCAUCAUGGGCGAGGAAGAGAUGGUGAGCAAUGUCACUGGGAGUCUGAAGCUGCUCUGAGGGGCACAACCCCACUGUGGGGAGGCAUUGCUCUGCAGUGCCACAGUGCACCCAGGAGAAGGCAGCAUUUCUCAGUGGCAGGGAGAGUCUUGGCAUGCAAGCGUGUAACAACCUUUUAAAAAGACCUAAAGAACAAGGGAAAACAAGACAUGUUCAAACACCAGAAAACAAACACCCUCAGCCAUUGGUUUCCCUUUCAUUCUUUGUCUGAGCUGCUUAGUCGGCCGUUAAGAGCAGGAGGAGGAGUGUGGUUGUUCACAGGAGAACGAGGCAAAGGCAGUUGAAUUUUCUUUUUCUGGUGACAUUUCUCUUUUCAAACAGGCCACCUACUUAGAAGUAUUAUUAGAAUCUUAACCCAUUUUCAAACACAUCAAGUGUGUUGUCCAGUUUCAGAUAUGGCAAAGUAAAAAAAGUGUUGUUGGUGGUUGACCAAUAUUGUAGUUGUGCUUAUUCAAGGGGCAGUGUACCGUAGACUAAUACAUACUGUAAUUAUAAUUAUACCCAUAGCAGAUGUAGUAUUUCCCUGUUGGAUUCACUACUCCUGAGUGAAGAGUAACUUAUUAACUGAUAAUAUGUGAACGCUCAUUGUUGACGUUUAAAUGAUUUUGUGUGUGUAUGCAACUAUUCUCCCAAAGAUCCCUAUCCUGUAGAAUCAAUAACAUUACUCAUUAUUGAUAAAUGGAUAUAUUUUGUAUACAUAUGCGUGUUGGGGGCCAUAUACUGUAUAAUCUGUGGUGUGCCAUCCUAAACAGUAUGCAAAGUUACUGGGCUUUGUUGUAUUGUUUUUUCUUUGUGCAAAAGGAAGAAGAUCCUUAAUUAUAAUUUUUGUAUUUGUUGGUAGAAUUUGAUGGUGGGCAAAGAGGUUCAGUGGAACCCCAAUGUCAUGUAUUAAAGGUUUGUGCUGGGCCUCACGUUUUGCACUCUGACUGCCUGUGGGGAUAGUUUACACUAAUGAAGUUGAUCAAUUCACUUGACAGAAUGCAGAUAAUUGUGUAUGACAAUUAUUAUGGACUUGGUAAAUAGUCUUGCACACUAUUAAUCUUAAUACACAAAGAAUGAUGUUUGAGCUGUUUUCACUAACAUAUUUGUGGGCAUGAGCUGCCACUCCCAGAAUUCUUAGUUUAACGUCAAAUAUUUUAUUUGUAACAUAUCUUUAAAAGAAAAUGGCGGUGACAUGUAUGCAAUAUGAAAUGUACAUUUGAACAGACCCCCAAAGUUAUGUCAAUUUUAGUAACAUGUCGACACUUUGAUACCUCCUAUGUUAUACAGUAAUUUGUGUGAGUGCUUAAUACUAUGGAGACAAUUAAAAUGCCUCCAGAUUAAGUAACAAGCAUCUUGAAUCGUGUUUUUACCUUACAGACUCGAACAUACAGAUAAUGCAUAUGAAAGAGGUACUGGAGCUGUGGCAGUGAAAGCAAUGUGGGGGAGGGUUGAACACUGCCAUAUUGCAGUGCGUGGUUUGGACCGGCCAUAUGACAUUGCUUUUUCACCGCAGUAACAAUGGCAGUAUUGUGAAAAUGGCCACUGCCUACCAUGGGAGUCCGGCUGGGAAACUUUUAAAUAUUAACCUCAUGACGUGCUGUCGGAAAUGAUUCUGGUCUUCGUGGUUAUUUAGGGCAACACACCGAGAAGAUGCCACAAAAAGGACAGGAAAGUCAUAAACAAUAUGUAUAUACUGUUGAAAUUAUAAGUAUAGUUAAACAAAGAGUCAUGUAACAUAAAUAGCUUUGUGCUGUGGGGCGUAGGUGUUAGCCUUUAUAUAAUCCAUCGAUUUAAAAAUAUACAUUUACUUCAGUGGCUUAGAUAUAUUGUGUUUACACCUAUUCAUUAUUAAUGGCAAUGUGUAUCUGAAUGCUUUCAUUACUUCCAUAACAUGCUACCAUUAUGAUGGUUUGGCAGCACGUUAUAUUAUGUCGAGUGCCACUAUAAUUUAACCUGGUGUAAUACUGUUAAAUCACAUCCGUAUCACUACUUUGUUCUGCUAUAUCAUAUGUAUCCAUACGUAAAUAUAUCAAGUACAACCUUCA